GCACACAGUGCAUAGAGAGCAGCCGAGCAUCGGCACACAUGCUUAUAGAAAGCGACGUCAUAGGUAUCUGUGCAUCACAGUGCACACGCACGCACCCACGGGUGUGGGUGUAAGUACACAGGCUCGCACACAGAUGCAGCUGAUCCACACGCUCUGCACGCAGUUCCUGCGCUAUCAGCUGUGGUUACCAAAUCGCAGCCCCGCUCCGUGCCCGCCGCCCUCGCCCCAUCCCCGCCCGGCACGGCCGGAUGCCGUCGGUCAAUGAUUAACGCGGGGCCGGGGCCGCCCGCGGCCUGCAGGGAUGGAGGCGGCCGGGAUGGAGGCCGGGCCGGGGGCCGGGCCGCGGGUGGUGGCGGCGGCUGCCAGCAACGCGGCCUUCGAGGAGGACCCGCCGCCCUACUCGCCGCCCGACCCCAAGAGCGCGCAGCUGCUGUUCCCGGCCGCUUUCCCCCAGCCGGCCCAUCCCCAGCCGCCGCCCUUCAUCGCGCAGCCGCUGCCCUACACCGCGUACGUGGGGCCGCCCGGCGCGGGGCCUCCGACCGCCGCCCAACGGCCGCCCAAGGACUACCUGGUGGAGUCGGUGCUGGUGACGGUGUUCUGCUGCCUGCUGACCGGGCUCGCCGCCCUCCUCUAUUCGCACGAGACCCGCGCUGCGCUCGGCCGCGGGGACGUGGCCCGGGCCCAGGCCGCGUCCAAGAAGGCGCAGUCGCUGGUGCUGCUCAGCCUCCUCCUGGGGCUGUUCGUCUCCUUCAGCUGGGUCGUCUACGUCCUGGUGGCCCUGUACUGGUGACGGGGCCGCAGGGACACAAAGCGCAGAGCCGAGCGCCAUCGGUGAGGAGCAGCCGCCAGGCGAUGCCAGCACGGAGCCCAGCAGCCAUGUGCAGGAUGGGUCCCUGCAGCGGGUGCUCACUGACUGCUGGGACUGGCACCGGGAGCUGCACAGCACCGUGGGCAGCAGCACAGCUCAGGGACACAGUGACGCAUGGCACCGUGCAGGGCCGGGGCUGGGAAUGAGUAAAGGGCCUCGCAGUGCACGCCCACAGCGGCUCCGCGUGGGCCGCUCUGGGUGUGCAAGCACAUGAGCAGUCCCCCCCCCUGGUAAUUAGGAACGUGCAAAGAUACCACCCCACGUAUUCUAGCUUCUAUAGGAAUUCCGCAUGCACAGCUGUGCUGCAUCGCCUCCUCCUCGCUGCUUCCAGUUUUAAAUAAAACACACGCAGCCAAA